AUAUCUGAUUGUGCUGCCAUUCUUUGCUCCACAGACCGCAUAGGAAAGGUCAACGGAGCAAACUCAGGGCCGCUUGGAUGAGUUUCACUGGCCACCGCACCAGUUAUUUCUCUUGUGGACUCGUUCAGGUCUGGAAAGAGCGUGAGCAGACCACGGGAAGAGGAGGCCAUGUUCUGGGUAGCUGGACGGGAAGAAGAGGCCAUGUUUUUGGAUUGCUGAGUGUUUUAGCGAAGCAGCGAUUUCCGACUGGUACUUUCAGAGAAGGAUUGGUUACAGAGACCUUGGUGAACCACUUAAUCGAGAGGACAAGGAGCCCAUGCAAGAACUGUGUGAAGGAUGCUGGCAUAACAACCAAAGAUGUGGACGAGUUUCUUCUUGUGGGAGGCAUGACCCGUGUUCCAAAAGUGCAGGAAGUGGUGGCAGAAAUAUUUGGUAAGAGCCCAAGCAAAGGUGUAAACCCUGAUGAGGCAGUUGCCACGGGCGCUGCUAUCCAGGGCGGUAUUCUCCGUGGAGACGUUAAGGAGUUGCUUCUCCUAGAUGUCACUCCUCUCUCACUUGGUAUUGAGACACUAGGUGCUAUCCACGGCAGGAGCUGCACAUAUUGCAGCAUAGAACCGUCCAUCUUCCGCUUGCUUUUUCACUAUGCUUUCUCAAACCCAGAUGGCCACCACAAACUGUGCAGACCCCGAAGCAGCCCACUUUUGCCCCAAUUCAUACCUCUUUUUCUUUUUCUUCUAAAGCCACUGAGUUUGUUCCCUUUGGUCUUGGUCUCUCUCUCUCUCUCCUAUCACACCUAUCCAUUAUAAUAUCUUAACCUCCACUUUUUUGUUUUAUUCCUUUUAUCCUCAUCAUCAUGUCCCCCUUUUCAUUUUUUAAAUCAAUCCUCCACUCAUCACUAUCAUCACACUUUCCCUUCUUUCUUCCACCCACGAUUUCACCAUUUUCUUUUCUUUUAAUAUAUAUAUAUAUAUAUAUAUAUUAUUAACACCAAAAAAAAAAAAAAU